AUGGAUUGCGUGCGAGCGAUUAGGGCUUUUGAUGCUCUUAUCAUUGGUGCUUUCUUGCCUGAGAAAUUUUUGGGGGUAAACGCUAAGCGUGGGGCUAACAUUGAUGCGAGAACGUGGGGAUCCUGCGGGUGGACUCCUUUACAUGCUGCGGCUAAAGAGAGGAAGAGGGAAGCUGUGAAGUUUCUGGUGGAGAAUGGUGCGUUUCUGCCUGAUGAUAUAAGUGAUACGAGGUUUAAUCCGCCGGUGCAUUACUGUCAUGGGUUGGAGUGGGCGUAUGAGGAGAUGAAGAAGCUUAACAGCGAGUCUUCUUCGUGUUCUGGUGGAGACACAUCUUGCAGUUCGGAGAACUGA